UCUUAUAAAAAUGAAUGUUGAAAACUGUGUGUAAUUGGAAAAAAGAAAAUACUAUUAAGUGGGGGAAAAAGAUCAUCAAUCCAAGUGCUUGACUGAGGAGUAAAGAAAAUAAUUAAAUUGCUGUCAUUUGGGUUAAAUCAGACUUCAGACUAGCAACUGUGGUAAAAAAAAAGUGGGGCAAGGGUGGAGAGGUGGUAGUAGAGAAUUGUGUACAGAGGGCAAGAUGUCAGAGUCAGAUUUUCUGAAACUGAGAUAUCUUGCAAUCACUGAAGCAAGGGAAAUGAUCAAGCAGUUGAGGAUGAAAGACAUGUAAUCCCUCACUUCAAGGUUAAUGGAAGACAGUUUCUAAUAUGGAAUCCUUAUGCUAAGCUUGACUUUAUGUAAAUGUCACAGCAUUAGUGUUUCUAAAAGAGGGUAUUUGUUAAUUUACAUAGAUCACUUCAUUGCAUCACCAACAUGACCAGCUGCCUGCUGUGUGCAAAGCGCGCAAGUGCUUGGGAUAGAAAAGGUUUCUACAAAUAACAACUGUUCCAAACCUUUUCUUCUCUCCAUGUACCCAAAUGACCUAGCUUCCCAUUUCACUAAAGAAAACUGAGGUCAACCAACAUGAGCUGUUCUCUAUUUCUCAUAACUUCUCAGUGUCAUUACCUACUCUGUUUGUCUGAAAAGAAGAGAUAUAGCCAAUUCUUAUCAAAGUUAAUCUUCUACCUGGACUCUUGACAUUCAGGUUUCCUUAAUCCUAAAAACCCUUUUCUUGAUUCUUCAUUCUUAUUUACUUUUUGUCCCAGUUUUCUUUUCCUCUUCCCUGCUAAACUCUGUUGAAGUUGUGUACGUAGGGAAGCCAAGAGCAGGUAUUGAGUAUCAUCAGGAAGAUCUAGAGAGGAGUUGGCAAAAGAGGGGAAAAAAGUUGUUUACACCUAAAUUCCCAGUGUUUCUACUUUUCACUACCUUCUUUUUCCUCAUUCCCUUACAGUGUGGCUUCUGUCUUUACCACUCUACUGAAAGUGCUCUCAGAAGUCACUGGUCAGCUCCAAAUCACCAAAUCACAAUGGCCACAUCUGGAGCCUAGGAUACAGACAGCAUUUGCAUACCUUUGCUACCUCUAGGUCUGCAGUGCUGACAGAUUUGCUGUUUUACAAUGGAUCCUUCUGCAAGCCCUAGCCUCCAGACCUCAACACCCAAUGGAAAUAUUAACUUGGGACCUUCAGCAAAACCAAAUGCCAGGCCAACAGAUUUUGACUUCUUGAAAGUGAUUGGAAAAGGUAGCUAUGGAAAAGUUCUCUUGGCCAAACGCAAGUCUGAUGGGAAAUUUUAUGCUGUAAAAGUCUUACAGAAGAAAUCCAUCUUGAAAAGGAAAGAGCAAAAUCACAUCAUGGCAGAACGCAAUGUGCUCCUAAAGAAUGUGACGCAUCCUUUCCUGGUGGGCCUCCGCUACUCCUUUCAGACUUCAGAAAAACUCUAUUUUGUCUUAGACUAUGUCAAUGGAGGAGAGCUUUUCUUCCACUUGCAGCGGGAGCACUGUUUUCUGGAACCUCGAGCUCGAUUCUAUGCCGCCGAGGUGGCCAGCGCUAUUGGCUACCUGCAUUCUCUGAACAUCAUCUACAGGGACUUGAAACCCGAAAACAUUCUCUUGGAUUGCCAGGGCCAUGUUGUGUUGACUGAUUUUGGACUUUGUAAAGAAGGAAUGGAGCCAGAAGAAACCACAUCCACUUUCUGUGGCACCCCUGAGUAUUUGGCUCCUGAAGUAUUGAGAAAACAACCUUAUGACAGAACAGUUGACUGGUGGUGUUUGGGGGCUGUUCUUUAUGAAAUGCUCUGUGGCUUGCCACCUUUCUACAGCCGAGAUGUUUCUGAAAUGUAUGAGAACAUCCUUCACAAGCCUCUCCAGAUCCCAGGAGGCAAGACAGUGGCAGCCUGUGACCUCCUGCAUGGCCUUCUCCAAAAGGACCAGAAGAAAAGACUGGGUGCCAAAACAGACUUUCUUGAGAUAAAGAAUCAUGUCUUCUUUAGCCCAAUAAACUGGGAUGACUUAUACCACAAGAGACUCACUCCUCCUUUCAAUCCAAAUGUGGUGGGGCCUGCUGACUUAAGACACUUCGACCCAGAGUUCACUAAGGAAGCAAUUUCCAGUUCUAUUGGACAUACACCGGAUUUAACAGCCAGUAGCUCUGGGGCUUCCAGUGCAUUUUUAGGUUUUUCAUAUGCACCUGGGGAUGAGAAUUUUUAAAACUGCUAAUAAGCCCCAGCAUUAUCUCUAAAGAGGUGCUUGUGUUAUUAUCUUUUGAGUCAAAUUGUACUGUCCUAAAGUGGAAGAUGUGAUGAGUAUAACUGUACAUGUCCCAAUUGUCUCAUGCUGACCAUAUAGCACUCUUAGGUGCUACAUCAGAAUGAUAUUCAUUUUAUGGGAUAAAACUUAACAGGAAGGAAGGAACAGAGGAAGAAAUAGAGAAAGGAAGAAAAGAAGGAAGGAAGGAAAAGGGGGUAAAAGGGGUAAUGUGGCCUACUAAAAACUGGCCCUACCUUAGUUGUGGUGGCAGUGAUGGGGCACCAUCAUGAUCUAUAUAGUCUGUUUUAGAAACUUACCUUUAUCAGUUACCCUAAUGGUGGUCAGGUAUUGGAAGACUGAUGCAUAAGAUACUUAUUUAUAAACCAGAAAGUCAAUUUAUUAAUAUACAAUGGAAGAUAUAUCUGGCCUCAAAACCAAUAAUGGUUAUUUUUGCAGGGUACCUUUAAAUGAGUGAAUUCAAAGAAUCUUGAAAUAAUUUGGAAUUAUCCAAAUUAUUCAAAGUCUGUUAAAUUAAAUAAUUAAAAAUUAUUUAAAAAAAAACCUUUUGACCCAAUAAUUCUAUUAUUGGACAUAUACCCCAAGGAGAUCAAUGACAGAAAGUAUAGCAGCAUUUUUGUAGCAGCAACCUGGAAAUGAGAUGGAUGCCUAUUUAUUGUGGAGUAGCAGAACAAAUUGUGAUAUGUGAAUAGAGUAGAACAUUACAUUUAAGAAAUAAUGACUAUGAAGGAUUCAGAGAAACUUAGAAAGACUUUUAAGAGCGGAUAUGAUCAAAAUAAGUUGAACCAAGAGAACACUACAUACAAUAACCAUAACAACAUAAAUGAAAAUAACCCUAAAAGACUCAGGACUGAAAACAAUGAAAACACUAGUUUUUGACUCCAGAAAGACUGUUUAUGAAAUAUAUCUCUCUUCUCUCAGCAGAGAUAUGGGGGAAACAGAUGUGGAAUGAGGCCUAUGUUGUCCACAGAGUCAAUGCCAGUUGUUUUGCUUCACUUUAAUACUGUAACAAUAGUCAACAUUUGCAUAGUGCUUUAAAGUUUGUAAGACACUUUACAUAUAUUAUCUCACUUGAGUCUCGCCACAACUCUUUGAAGUAGGUACAACAGGAAUUCUCUUCAGUUAAUAGGUGAACAAACUGAAGCACAGAGAGGUUUGAUGACUGCUCAGGGUCACACAGCUAAGAAAAUUUCAGAGACAGGAUUUGAAUCCAGGUCUUCUUGCCACCAAGUCUAGUGUAUGACUCAUUAUGCCUCUCUGUUUUGUUGUAAAAGAGGGUUCUAUUUAGGAAAUCAUGGCCAAUUUUUGAAAAGCACUAAUAAAAAAUUAAAAAACCUGAUUCUACCACAUAAAACAGAAGACUAUGUUGUGUUUAUUCCUGCACUAUGGUGUAUAGAUCAUUCAGCAAACAUUUACUGAGCUCCUACCAUAUGUAAGGCACUAUGUGAAAACUUUAGAGAUACAAGGGCAGCUAGAUGGUGAAGUGGAUAGAGUUUCA